GGGAGAGAGAAAGUGACUAUGUACUCGUCAGAACCCUCGUGAGGAACAGAGAAGGACGAAGAAGCAAGCAAAGCAAAGCGCAGAGACGAAGAACAUUUUCAGAGAGAGAAAGUUUAAUUCCUUUCUGAAGCCCCCACAUCUCUCUCGCUUUAUCUCUUUCAUUCUCUCUCGUCUACGUAGAUAUAUCUGUCUAACUAGAGGAGUGCAAUGGAGCCGGUGGUGGAUCAGGCGGCGGCAGUUGCUCCUCCUCCGCUGGAGGUCGAAGGGUCCGCGGAGAUGGACGCGUUGAUGGAGCGGGCGCAGAGCCUGAUGGCGAGAAUCACUUCGUCGCAGCACAACCCCAACCCUAGAGUCCUCCACGCCCUUGCCUCCCUGCUGGAGACCGAAGAAUCGAGAUAUGUACAAGAGUUUGGUCAUUCUUCUUUCAAUAACACUCGCGCUUCGCACAACAUUGGCCGCCUGGGCAGCUUGAUUCGGGAAAAUGAGGAGUUCCUUGAUCUGGUAUCGUCAAAGUUUCUCUCAGAUAGUAGAUUUAAUACAAGCAUCCGUGCAGCUGCUUCCAGGCUUCUCCUGGCAUGUUCUGCAGCUUGGAUGUAUCCACAUGUUCUUGAAGAUGAUGUUUUGGAGAAUAUCAAACAUUGGGUGAUGGAUGACACAAUACCAACUACUUCUGGGGAAUAUAAUUCAAAGGCUGAGACAGACACAAGCAAACCCUCUGACAUAGAAAUGUUGAGGACUUAUGCUACUGGGCUUCUCACAGUGUCUUUAUCUGGAGGAGGUCAGCUGGUGGAGGAUGUCUUAAUGUCUGGUUUGUCCUCAAAGCUCAUGCGUUUUCUGCGUAUACGAGUUCUUGGAGAGACAAGUACGAGUCAGAAGGAGGCUGGUUUUCCAACUGAGGGCAAACAUGCAUCAGGAGGUGCUAGAGGGAGAGAAGAGGGCAGGUCUAGAUUUCGGCAGGUAACUGAUGCCACACGUUUGGAUGCUGCAAAGGCCAGUGAUGAAGGAUUACUUGAUGAUCAAAUAAUUGAGAAGGAUCAUGAUAGGGCAGGUAUGCCAAAGCAGAUGCAUGGCAAGGAAUGCCGAGAAGAUGGGUUAACAAUAAGUGCAAGAGACAUGCCAAUAGAUGGUAUGAGCGAUGAUGAUGAACAAGUUGGUGCAUGCACGAAGGAUUUCUAUGAAGAGAAAACAAAAUUAAGUGAGAGAAUUAGUCUUGGUAGAUCCAUGAGAGAUGAAGAUAUGGAUGAGAAUAUCAGGGACGAGUCUUCAAGAUACAAGGCAGGUCGUGCUGGCACUCAUAAUAGAGGAAAAGAGAGAGCUAGUGAAAUUAUUUUAGAAACUGAAAGGAGCUUGACUUCUCCAGGGGCUGGAAUGCGAAUAGGUUCUCAAGCACGGAGUGCAAGAGACCGUAAUCAGACAAAAACCAUUGAUCCUAAAAGAGCAGUUGAUACAAAGAAAGAUCCCAGCAAGGCCAGUGCGGAUGUCUUAGCCCCUGAGAAAGAAGAUAAUGAUGACAGUAGUUUUGAAGUCAAGGUUGGGACUGUAGAUGUAUCUGAACUGGUGAAGAAAGCAAAAAGGGCUGCUGAAGCUGAAGCUCGAGCUGCCAAUGCACCUCCUGAUGCAGUUAAAGCUGCUGGUGAUGCUGCAAUGGAGCUUGUCAAAACUGCUGCUUUAGAGGCUUUUAAUAGCACUAACAAUGAAGAAGCUGUUGUUGAGGCUGCAGCUAAAGCUGCAUCAACCGUAGUUGAGGCAGCAAUAGCAACAGAAGUUUCAAGGAGCCAGAUGAAUUUUGAUCAAGAAGCUCCACAAUCAAGUAGUUUGGAACCUGAAAAAGAAGAAGAACUAGAAGGUUUUUUCAUCCCAGAUAGGGAAUUGCUAGCUCAGUUGAGGGAAAGAUAUUGCAUUCAGUGUCUCCAGUUACUUGGAGAAUAUGUUGAAGUUUUAGGCCCUGUUUUACAUGAAAAAGGGGUAGAUGUGUGUCUCACAUUGCUACAGCGUAAUAACAAUGCAACUGAACCUUCAAAAAACUUAAUGGUUCUAUCAGAUGUGUUGAAACUAGUUUGUGCUUUAGCUGCUCACCGCAAAUUUGCAGCAUUGUUUGUCGAUCGAGGUGGUAUGCAAAGGAUUCUAGCUGUUAGAAGGGUCUCACAGACUUUUGUUGGUCUUUCAUCAUGUUUAUUUGCCAUCGGCUCUCUCCAGGGAAUUAUGGAGAGAUUCUGUGCUCUUCCUUCAGAUGUUGUUCAUCAAGUUGUGGAGCUCGCCCUUCAGCUUCUUGAAUGUUCCCAAGAUCAAGCUAGAAAAAAUGCUGCCUUAUUUUUUGGUGCUGCUUUUGUCUUUCGAGCUGUUUUAGACUCUUUUGAUACACAAGAUGGUUUAGCGAAACUGUUGAAUCUGUUGAGAGGCGCUGCUUCAGUCAGAUCAGGGGUUAAUUCAGGGUCAUUGGGCUUGUCAAAUCUGCGCAAUGAUAGAGCACCUACAGAAGUUUUGUCUGCAUCAGAAAAGCAGAUAGCCUAUCAUACAUGUGUUGCAUUGCGCCAGUAUUUCAGAUCUCACCUUUUGCUUGUUGAUUCUCUUCGUCCAAAUAAAAAUCACCGGAGUGGAGCACGGAAUAUUUCGAGUGCAAGGGCAGCCUAUAAGCCUCUUGAUAUUAGCAAUGAGGCUAUGGAUGCCAUAUUUCUUCUCCUACAGCGAGAUAGGAAGAUUGGCCCAGCAUUCGUGCGAGUUCGUUGGCCACCAGUGGAUAAGUUUCUUAGUUUGAAUGGGCAUACUACGUUGCUGGAGUUAUGUCAGGCCCCUCCAGUUGAUCGAUAUCUUCAUGACCUGGCCCAGUAUGCUUUGGGCGUAUUGCAUAUUGUGACUUUAGUUCCAUACAGCCGUCGAGCCAUUAUCUCCUCUACAUUGAGUAAUGAGCGUGUAGGUAUGGCUGUGAUUCUAGACGCAGCUAAUGGUGCUGGUUACGGGGAUCCAGAGGUGAUUCAACCAGCACUUAAUUUGUUGGUUAAUCUUUGCUGCCCUCCUCCUUCUCUUUGCAAUAAACUUUCACUUCCUCAGGGUCAGCAUGCAUCAGUCCAGAACCCAAGUGGUCUAUCUGGGACUGAUCAUAAAGAAAGGCAUACUGAAAGAAGCCUUUCAGACCGUGCCAUUUCAUUUGCCCAUACUGAGGCUAGGGAGCGAGCUGGUGAACUAGGUAACAAUGAGCGAGGGGGUCCACUUCACAGUACAACACCGGCUGCAAGUGGCUCGCAACCCUCUGCUCCUCUUGCAUCUGGAGUUGUUGGUGACCGCAGAAUCUCUCUAGGUUCAGGAACUGGUUCUGCUGGACUUGCUGCAUUUAUGGAACAAGGUUAUCGUCAAGCAUGGGAGGCUGUUCGAGCAAAUAAUGGUAUUAAGGUUCUUUUGCACCUGCUGCAUCCACGGAUACUCAUCCCUCCUGCUUCUCUGGAUUGUAUUCGUGCUUUGGCUUGUCGAGUUUUGCUUGGUCUAGCUAGGGACGAUUCCAUUGCACAUAUACUGACAAAACUCCAGGUUGGGAAGUUGCUGUCUGAACUUAUUCGAGAUUCAGGAAGCCAGUCUUCUGGUACAGAGCAAGGAAGAUGGCAAGCGGAACUGGGUCAAGUUGCAAUGGAGCUUAUUGCAAUUGUAACAAAUUCAGGACGUGCAAGUACUCUGGCAGCCACUGAUGCAGCUGCACCUACUCUUAGGCGGAUUGAAAGAGCAGCAAUUGCAGCAGCAACUCCUAUUACUUAUCAUGCCAGGGAGCUGUUGCUUCUGAUACAUGAGCAUCUCGUGGCAUCAGGCAUGAACACAACUGCUGAUUCAUUGUUGAAGGAGGCACAGUUGGCACCAUUACCAUCCUUGUCAUCAUCAUUUCCUCUGCUACAUCAAACAUCUAUCCAGGACAACCCAAAAGUGGAGCUCCAAUGGCCAUCACGUGUUUCUGGGAGAUUCCUUUCUGAUACUUUGAAAGUGCCUUCUCGGAUUGAGGAUCCAGGUCACAAGCGGGAUUCUUCUGCAACGGCUUCAAGGAGAAAACCUGUUUUUUCAUCAAACCUAACAUGUCCGAUCAAAGGCCAGCUACUAUCUCAGCCUUUGGGUAAUAAGGUAUCUAGUGCGUCAAAGAAUCCAUGCAUAUCCACGAGGGUUGCUGAAGUUAUCCCCACAUCCUCUCCCAGACCAGCUUCAGAUAUGGAAACACCAUCGAGGACUCCUCUAGGUCUCCCAAUGAAGAGAAAGUUGAUGGACAGGGAUCUGGGUUUGGCACCAUUGACUAAGCGUCUGGCUACAAAUGAUCUUGUAUUUCUCUCACCAACUGCUUGUAAGACUCCUAUUUCUGCAGCUGAUAAUUUGGAUGAUAUUCAGGGCCAAGCGACUCCAACAUUAUUACCAUUGACCUCCAAUGGACAGCAGUCACAGCAUGGAUUUAUACCUGAUACACCUUCUCACCCCGAGAGAGUAACACUGGACUCGUUGGUGGUACAGUAUCUUAAGCAUCAACAUCGACAAUGCCCAGCUCCAAUAACCACUCUCCCGCCACUGUCCCUUUUACAUCCCCAUGUAUGCCCAGAACCAAGUAGAAGGUUGGACAUGCCUGUGAACCUAGUGGCGAGAUUGAGCACCCGUGAAAGCAGGACAAGAUAUGGUGGUAUUCAUGGCCAUCGCCGUGAUCGGCAAUUUGUUUUCAGCCGCUUUAGGCCUUGGAGGACAUGCAGAGAUGAGGCAGCUCUCCUCACUUGCAUUUCAUUCUUAGGAGACGCAUCUCGAAUUGUGACUGGCAGUCAUGCUGGGGAACUCAAGAUCUUUGAUGUAAAUAGUAGCAAUGUGCUUGAGAGCCACCUGUGCCACCAAACGCCGGUGAUGCUGGUUCAGUCAUCCUCUCCUAUUUGCAGGACAUGGUCAGACAGCUCUGCUAGUGCUCGCGAGCUUUUACUCUCGUCUAGUGCCUUUGAUGUGAGACUCUGGGAUUCGUCAUCCUUAUCUGCAGGUCCACUUCAUAUCUUUGAUGGACGCAAGGCAGCACGCUUCAACCAUGCAGGCAACGUAUUUGCGACAGUGGCAUCAGAGUUAUCUCGUCGGGAAGUUUUGUUGUAUGAUGUGGAGACUUGCCAUUUGGAUCAGAAAUUAUCUGAUACCCCUGCUUCUGCAGGACCCAUUCGCAGUCAUGUACAGUCAAUAAUUCACUUUAGUCCAUCAGAUGAGAUGGUUCUCUGGAAUGGUAUCUUGUGGGACCGGAGGGUGUCUCGGCCUAUCCACCGCUUUGAUCAAUUUACAGACUAUGGAGGAGGUGGAUUUCAUCCUGCAGGAAACGAGGUGAUAAUAAACUCAGAAGUGUGGGAUCUGAAGAAGUUCAAACUCCUUCGGAGUGUACCCUCAUUGGACCAGACAAUUAUAAAUUUCAAUGCGGGCGGUGAUAUAAUCUAUGCUAUGUUGAGAAGAAACUUGGAAGACAUAACAUCAGCUGUCCACACUCGGAGAGUCAGGCAUCCACUAUUUGCAGCAUUUCGUACAGUGGAUGCUGUGAAUUAUUCGGACAUUGCAACCAUUCCAGUGGAUCGCUGUGUUUUGGAUUUUGCUACCGAACCAACAGACUCGUUUGUUGGUGUAGUUGCGAUGGAUGAUCACGAAGAAAUGUUCUCAUCGGCAAGGUUAUAUGAAAUAGGGAGGAGGCGGUCAACCGAUGAUGACUCAGAUCCGGAUGAUGGAGUUGAGACAGAUGAGGAGGAUGAUGAUGAGGAUGAUUCUGAGGCAGAUGAAGAUCCGUUGGUUGCAGCAGGCCUCGAUGCAGAUGUUGACAGUGAUGGUAUUGACCUAAGCAAUGAUGAUGAUGAUGACACCGGGGAUGAGCUUGAUGAUGCAGAUUUCAACAGUGACGAUGAAGGGGAUUUUGACAAUGGAGCUGCCAUUUUGGAGCUUGUAUCAGAAGAUGAUGAGGGUGACGAUAAUCAGGUGGUUGAAUCCUUAAGCAGCGAGGAUGAAGGAUGGGUCGAUUUCACUUCCUUCAUCUAGGUUUCUAGUGGCACAGUUAAUAAGAUUCAUCGGUUCAUUCUAUAUUUAUUCUGUUCUUCCCCCUCCUUUUCUUAUCCCUUCUCAGCUUCCUCUAACGUUUUCCCCCUGUUCGUGUCUCUUCUUUUCUAUUUUCCUGGAAAAGGCGGAAUGCUGUAAAUAAAGAGGAAGUAAAAUUGUAGAUGAGAAAUGUGAGAAAAGAACGUUCUUAUGAUGAUACGAGUGGGCGUUACACAAUGUGAAUUUUGCCCAUUUGUUCAUCUUUCAAUAGGCAGUUUUGUUGGUA